UCCUGAGGUGAGUGUUUCUCCUGCGUUGCUCCGAGGGCUGAAUCCUCCUGCCAUCGCCGCCAUCCUGGCUUCGGGGGCGCUGGCCUCCAGGCCCCCGGGAGGAGAACUCCUAGGGCUACUAAAUUCUCGCUGGAGGCGGUGGUUUCUUAUGCGGGAGGACGUGGCGGAGGGCCUGACUUUGGGAGCCGGGGUCGGUCGGCCUCUGAGGUCAUCUGUGAAAAUGGUUCGCUAUUCACUUGACCCGGAGAACCCCACGAAAUCAUGCAAAUCAAGAGGUUCCAAUCUUCGUGUUCACUUUAAGAACACUCGUGAAACUGCUCAGGCCAUCAAGGGUAUGCAUAUACGAAAAGCCACGAAGUAUCUGAAAGACGUCACUUUACAGAAACAGUGUGUACCAUUCCGACGUUACAAUGGUGGAGUUGGCAGGUGUGCGCAGGCCAAGCAGUGGGGCUGGACACAAGGUCGGUGGCCCAAAAAGAGUGCUGAAUUUUUGCUGCACAUGCUUAAAAACGCAGAGAGUAAUGCUGAACUUAAGGGUUUAGAUGUAGAUUCUCUGGUCAUUGAGCAUAUCCAAGUGAACAAAGCACCUAAGAUGCGCCGCCGGACCUACAGAGCUCAUGGUCGGAUUAACCCAUACAUGAGCUCUCCCUGCCACAUUGAGAUGAUCCUUACAGAAAAGGAACAGAUUGUUCCUAAACCAGAAGAGGAGGUUGCCCAGAAGAAAAAGAUAUCCCAGAAGAAACUGAAGAAACAAAAACUUAUGGCACGGGAGUAAAUUCAGUAUUAAAAUAAAUGUAAUUAAAAGGAAAAGAA